AUGAGUCAGUCCCGCCUCCUUCUGCAGGCGGACUGGUCUGGGAGGAAGGGGUCUCACGGCCUCUCCCGGGACAUCCUGCCUGAGCGAGCCGGCGGCGGUGGCCACUUUGUCAAGUGUCAGGGCCGAGCUCUGCCCCCAGCUCUGCUUUCCAGGGAAUUCCAGCUGAGCCAGAGAGACGUGUGCCGAGUAACUUCAGCUGCCAUUUCUGUGGUGCUCUCCGUCACCGGGGCCCUGCCAAGAUCUCCACGGUGCCCGUUUCUUUCAUCCUCACAGCAGCGCACGCUUUACAUAGAUGAAGAUUUGGCACGAAACGCGCCCAAGGUCACCAGCCCAGACGUGGAGGAAGCGGGCAGUUUGGAUCUGGAAUUUGUGCUCUCAAGCAUCGUGCUAGCUGGAGCCGCAGAGCAGGGAUCCUUUAGAAAGCAGAGCCUGAGGCAAGGAUUAGGUGGCUUCUGCUGUACUUCGGAGGAGCAAGCCCGGGGCAGUGGAGGUGAUGGAGAGGGAGGCGAGGUGGUGAGGGAGGAUUUGAUGGGCGUUCUGCAGAAGGGGCUAACGGGUACCUUUGCUGAUGUCCAGGUCUCUGUAGUUGAUUGCCCUAAUUUGACUGAGGAGCCAUUUACCUUUCCCGUAAAAGGUAUCUGUGGGAAAACUAGAAUUGCAGAAGUAGGAGGUGUGCCUUACUUAUUGCCUCUUAUAAAUAAAAAAAAAGUUUAUGAUCUAAAUAAAAUCACAAAAGAAAUCCAGCUUCUUGGAGCUUUUGUUCUUGGAGCAGGAGCAGGCCCAUUUCAGACUCUUGGAUUCAAUUCUGAGUUUAUGCCAGUUGUUCAAACAGAAAGUGAACACAAACCUCCUGUGAAUGGAAGUUACUUUGCUCAUGUUAACUCUGCAGAUGGAGGGUGCCUACUAGAGAAAUACAGUGAGAAAUAUCAUGAUUUAGGGUUUGCAUUACUGGCUAAUCUUUUUGCCAGUGAAGGCCAACCUGGAAAGGUCAUUGAGGUGAAAGCCAAAAGAAGAACUGGAAAACUUAACUUUGUGACUUGUAUGAGACAGACUCUUGAAAAACAUUAUGGAGAUAAGCCUGUAGGAACGGGAGGUACUUUCGUGAUUCAGAAGGGAAAAGUGAAGACUCACAUUAUGCCAGCAGAAUUUUCUUCCUGCCCAUUGAACUCUGAUGCUCUGUCACAUUGA